ACUCCGAGGGGUCCCCAUUUGUCAGAACAGUCCCCGGAGCGAGUACAGCGGAGACCUUAGGCCACCUAUGGCUUCCCCAACGUGAUUUCUGAGACGAGCUAACCUCAGAGCCUGGGCAAGUCGGACUUGCAGCCACACAGGUUUCCCGGAGAGCCUCAACCCAGUUAAAGACCAAGAUGGUACAUGCAGAAGCCUUUUCUCGUCCCUUGAGUCGCAAUGAAGUUGUUGGUUUAAUUUUCCGUUUGACAAUAUUUGGGGCAGUGACAUACUUUACUAUCAAAUGGAUGGUAGAUGCAAUUGAUCCAACCAGAAAGCAAAAAGUGGAAGCUCAAAAACAGGCAGAGAAACUAAUGAAGCAAAUUGGUGUGAAAAAUGUGAAGCUUUCAGAAUAUGAAAUGAGUAUUGCUGCUCAUCUAGUAGACCCUUUGAACAUGCACGUUACUUGGAGUGAUAUAGCAGGUUUAGAUGAUGUCAUUACAGAUCUGAAAGACACGGUCAUCUUACCUAUCAAAAAGAAGCAUUUGUUUGAGAAUUCCAGGCUUCUGCAGCCUCCAAAAGGUGUUCUUCUCUACGGGCCUCCUGGCUGUGGCAAGACACUGAUUGCCAAGGCGACAGCCAAAGAGGCAGGCUGUCGAUUUAUUAACCUUCAGCCUUCAACACUGACUGAUAAGUGGUAUGGGGAAUCUCAGAAAUUGGCUGCUGCUGUUUUCUCCCUUGCUAUGAAGUUACAGCCAUCUAUUAUCUUUAUAGAUGAAAUAGAUUCUUUCCUGCGGAAUCGUUCAAGUUCUGAUCAUGAAGCUACAGCCAUGAUGAAAGCUCAGUUCAUGAGUCUCUGGGAUGGAUUGGAUACUGAUCACAGCUGCCAGGUCAUUGUGAUGGGAGCCACUAAUCGACCUCAGGACCUUGACUCCGCCAUCAUGAGAAGAAUGCCUACGAGAUUUCAUAUCAAUCAACCGGCUCUGAAACAGAGAGAAGCAAUCCUGAAACUGAUCUUGAAAAAUGAAAAUGUGGAUAGGCAUGUAGACCUGUUAGAAGUUGCCCAAGAAACGGAUGGGUUUUCGGGAAGUGAUUUAAAAGAGAUGUGCCGAGAUGCUGCCCUCCUCUGCGUCAGGGAAUACGUCAACACUGCACCUGAAGAAAGCCAUGAUGAAGACGAAAUCCGGCCUGUGCAGCAGCAAGACCUGCGUCGGGCCAUUGAGAAGAUGAGGAAAUCGAAGGACGCGGCCUUUCAGAGUGUUUUGACUCAUGUUUGUUUAGAUUAAGAGUAAAGCUCGUUUGUACAGUUGCCGUGAUCAAGUUUGGCGUGCCCUGUUCUUAGUAAACUGAAUGGGAGGAGAAGUGCUUUUCAACAGUGAGGAAGUUCAAUGUGUAUGACACCGGUUUUACCCUCCGGAUUCUAAGUUAUUGAGCUAUAGCUGAAAUAUAAAAGGUGUUACUACUUGUCAGAAAUCACGAGGUGGAACAGUUUAGUACGUCUGAGUGUGUGUGCCUGUGUGUCCGCUCUCUCGCCGUGUGUUGUUGCAGCCUCGUAGCAUCUAAGCUGGUCCUAAAGUAAUAAAGGGUUCAUGGGCCAUCAGUGAGAAAUGGGGAUGUAGUCAAUGCUGGUUCCUAGAUUCAUGGGUGUGUUUGUGUAUGUGUGUGUUAACUGUAUAUAUUCACACAUUUUAUAUUGACAUUAUGUAGAUAGCUUUGAAUACAGAAACAUUUUUUUACUCCCACCCUCUGAAUCGAAAGUACCUAAUAAGUAAAUAGCAAAACUAAGAUGUAAGGUUAUGUCUGAAAGGUACAGUGAUUCAGCCAUUUUUCUGGUUAUAAUUUGUUUGAACCUUGUUUUUUUUAUUUUUUAUUUAAGGGAUUCUUUGUCUGCCCUUGAAUAACCAGAGUCAGCCACAUCUGACUCAAAUAUUUAGAUGUAACUCGAUGAUUGAUUGUCAAGAUAAAGCAAGGAAAAAUACUUGCUCAGUGAUAAGCGGUCAGUUGUUUUCAGGCAAACCUUUAUUCAAUGCUGACUUCACAUCUUAAAACAGGCACCGUCAGUAGAGAUACCUUUAAAUUUUUAAAAUGGACUUAAGACCUUUAAAAAGAAUUGUUUUGAGAAAAACUCAGUGUCAUUCAAUCCCGUAUGUAUGUGAUGUCUGCCUUCAGUUCUGUUAUACCCCUGGUUUUUAUGUUAUUCUAAAAUUGUAUUUUCUUUCAUUAUGAUCAAAUAUAAUUAGGUCUUUAGAAAUGAAAUGAUAGUUUAAAACAAAUAGUUCUGAGUAAAUGUGGAGCCCUGGUGGCGGAGUAGGUUGCAUGUUGGGCUGGUGAUUGAAAGGGCAGCAGUUCGAAUCCACCAGUCUCUGAGGGAGCAAGAUAUGACACUUUCUGCUCCCAGAAAGACUUUGGCCUUGGCAACCCACAGGGACAUAAGGUUGGCCUGCAUCAGAAUGGAUAGCAGUAAGUUUUUGAGAUUACUAAAUGUGCUAAACAUACUCACUCUCUAACUUAAAACUGUUUUCUUAUAAAUUGUGCCGUAGUUAAAUAGAACUAUAUACAUCACAGUUCUCAUAUUUUGUCUAUAGUCAGUUGAUCCCAUGUGAACUACUACUACAUAAGCAUUUUUUGGGUCUGAAAUUCUGUUAACCAGAGUUCUGUUAUAGACACUUAAAGAGACAGCAUGAACAAAUGGCCCAGUACAAUCUUGAGGUGCCUUCCAAAUUACAAGAUCAUAUGCUCCAUAUAUUUUACCAUAUUUCUUUGAAAACUCAGUAUUUAUUCAUGAGUCACUGGAUAAACUCCCCUGAUAAGUCUUUCACAAGGACAUAGUGAACAGUUUCUUCUUCAAUUGUACUUUGAAUGGUGAGGUACGGGAGAACACUUGGAUAACAGAAAGCCAAUUAUAAAAAGUUGUGAAGAUGAUGGAAAAUUUUAAAGUAGAACACAAUCUGGUACCCCAAAAAAGUUGUCUCCAUCUUUAUUAAUUAUUAUUUUUAAGUGUGUAAUAAAGGGGAGGCUUUAUUGAUUUUUUUUUUUUUUUUACUUCCACUUACUCCUUGGUCUUUUUCGGUUACUUAAAACCUUAGGUAUUUUGGGGUUUAUAAUCUGAUAAUAUAUUGAUUGAAAAUAAGGUUGAUGUAUCACUCCUCUUGUGACCUUUCUGUUUAUCAUGUCUCAAAUUUAGAAUAUUUAAUAGUGUUUAUUACUAAGUUUAUCAUGAAUUUAGCUACCAACGGAUGCUAGAGAAAUGAACUGAUGAGCCAUCAUGAUUCCUCAAGGCAACUGUAGGCCGUAAAGUAAUUGCAGAAAAUUGUAUUAUAUGAUUUUAAAGAACCUUUAUAGUAGACCGUGGUAGCUUAGCCUUCUGUGGAUAUGUAUUUUAUAUAUAUGAUUCUAUUCUGGGCUCUGAGGUGUUUCACCUUGGGUCCUGAAUCUAGACUCAAAGUGCCAGGAUUUCAAUUCAGGCUUCUCACUUACUAGCUGUUUAUUAGUUACCCAACCUCUGUGAGUCGUCUAUCAAGUGACGAGGGUGGCACUCACCUUCUCGGAUUGUGAUGAGGUGGUAAGGCAUGGAAGGGGAGUCAGUCACUAUGGGGGGACACACAGUAACUGUUCAAAGGCAGUGAUUGAUAGACAUAUCCCAAUGACCAGACUCAAGCUUAAUCCACACUUUUCAUAAUCCCUUGGCCUAUACUGAGGGAUUGAGAUCGCAAGGUUCGCAUCUGUGUGAAGUUUCUCCAAAAGCCUAUUGUUUCAUAAACUUCUGGCAAACCUUAUGUAUCACAAACUAUUCCAGGCCCUUUUGAUAUGAGUUUAAUAAUACAAUAUUUGAGUCAACUCAAUCUCUCCUCUACUUUUUCUCCUCUUUAAUCUCAUUUCCACUUCUCCUUUGCCCCAGAUAGAUCUAGAACACAACCUGUUAUCAGUACCUGGAUUGGAGUACGCUAAAUAUCCUAGAUGGGGCAUAAUAGCCUAACAUUAUUUAGUAGCUAUGACUUUAUAGGUUUGCUGCUUCAUGAGGAUUUUGACCUUGUUAACCUUGGUUACUUGGUACUGUGUAUAAAAAGGGCAGUUUCACCCGAGUAGGAAUUUUUUUCACUGCAAUUAUGUUUGUGGAUAAAUGUUACAACUUUUUUUCUGGGUAGAGAAAAUAAAUUGGGUAAUGUGUAUUUUA